CACCAUCACCAUCACCAUCACCAUCACCAUCACCAUCACCAUCACCAUCACCAUCACCAUCACCAUCACCAUCCAGCCACCAGGGAGGUGUAAAUGCUCAAUCCCCUCAUACCAGCUCGUCGACACAACCAAAUCCUACCACUGCCCCUGCACCUUCUCCCGUUGCAACUGGGCUUCCAAAUUGUGCAACAACGACUACACGCAAGAGCUGGCGCUUGAUGAACGACACCGAGAAACAAAAGUUCCUGCGUGCUCUCACCGCCCUAAAAUUGGGUCCCCAAAUCGAUGGAAAUCAGUACAGCUAUGAUGACUUUGUAAGCAUCCAUCUGCAGUACAAGACAAAGGUGCAUGGAACCCCGCUCUUCCUUCCGUGGCAUCGGGCCUUGCUCUCAAUCUUUGAACAGCACCUCCAGCGAAUCGAUCCGGACGUGUUUGUUCCGUACUGGGACUGGGGCAGCGAAUCGCAAACCCCCGAGCUGUCAUCGAUAUUCUAUUCAAGUGCCUUUGGUGGGCACGGACCCGCUUGCAUUCCCGACGGUAUUGCACAAGGAUGGGUUCGCAAAUUUCCCGACAAUGACCCCAAUCUGGCCGGUUCAUGUCUAUGCAGGCUCUGGACAAACGGAAAGAUUGGUCCACUUAUGAGCAAUGACCAGCUGCAGUCCCAAGUCAUCCCGGCCUACAACGACUUUGCCUCGUUUGCGCCGCAUCUUGAGAUCAUCCACGGAGCUGUCCACGUGCUCGUUGGCGGUGGGCCUGCUGGAGAUCUCUGGCAAAUGUACUCGCCAAACGAUCCCAUCUUUUAUCUCCACCAUUCGAACGUUGAUCGCAUCUGGGAGCUAUGGCAGAGCCAGAGCAGCCAGCACCUCACGGAUUUCUCAGAAGACAAGUCCCAGAUCCUCGAGCCUUUCUCGAUCGUCCUGAGUGACGUUCUCGAUAAUGCCCAGAAUUGCAUCCAGUACGGUCCCACUGGCGCACCGUCUCCGGGACAACAGAUUCAGCCGCCCAGUCCAAGCGGUUCAUCAGUCGUGUCGCUGGCAGUCCGUCGAGCACGACCCCCUGGGUCUGGAGACUCCAACAACCCUGUCCGUCGUCGCUUGCUUGGCAGUCCGCUGGUCGACUGCGACCUCGACAAGCGGGACUCGAGCAUGCAACCCUACGGCUUCUUGGCCCCGCUUCCGCCCUCCUGGGCCGACAUGAACAAUAUCUCGCUCCAAAAGGUCCGCGAAGUCGAGCUACUUCACGAAACUUGGAUCCGCCAGCGGAAUAACCGAAUCGGCCACCACUAUCAUCGGUGCAGAGCAAGGUCGUGAGCGGGGGGGGGCAUAUAGUUAGCUCUGUUUGCAGCCUAGAUAGCUGUGGGCUAUGUCCCCUCCAGAGAAUAUCAAGAACAAAUACAAUAA